ACAAAUAAUAUUUCACGAAUACCUGCAGGAAGCCUGCCACCAAAUCUAACAGACAUCAAUUUGAAUGAGAAUCCAAUAACAGCAAUAGACGAUAAUGCAUUCGACGAUUCUAUCCUCACCUUGAUAGCGGUUUAUUUGUCCAGCUUUCGUUUCACUCGACUCCCGAACGCUAUUGGACAUUUGCGAGCUUUGGUCAGUUUGUCCAUCUCUGCGGCAAACAUCACAGACUGGAACGAGGCAGUUUGGGUUAACAUUGGUCAAACUCUAAAGUCGCUGGAGCUAGAUACCAAUGGGUUUACUCAAUGGCCCAGUUGGAUUCGGCAUUGUACGCAACUGACCAGUCUAAUCGUUGUAUGGAAUUCGUUUUCUUCCAUUCCCGAUGGCGCACUAGAUUCUGUGGCCCAUAGUCUGACAAGUUUGGAGCUCAACAACAACAGAUUGACUAUGAUACCUAAGGCGCUUUCAAACUUGAAUACUCUACAAACACUAUAUCUGCAG